AUGGCCCAGCAGCACCGACUUCUUAAAGGGCCCAAUAUUUCCACGCCUCUAAGAACAGCAAGUGAAGUAGUAGGAGCAUUGGCAUAUUUACACUCAGCUAUCUUAAUUCCCAUCUAUUAUAGAGACAUCAAGUCCAACAAUAUACUUUUGGAUGAGAAGCACAUAACCAAAGUAUCGGAUUUUGGAAGGUCCAUUGAAGCUGAUAAAACUCGUACAACUACACUUGUUAUAGGUACUUUUGGCUACUUGGAUCCGGAAUACUUUCAGUCAAGCCAAUUUACCGAUAAAAGUGAUGUCUACAGUUUUGGGGUUGUUCUUGUUGAGCUCUUGACAAGAAAAAAUCCCAUAUCAUCAUCUGAAUCAGAAGAAGAUAGUCACUUAAACUUGGCCAAAAGGUUUGUGACCCUGCUGGAUGAAAAUCGUGUUGACAGUAUUCUUGAUCGUCAACUUCUGGAUGAGAGCAUGGAGGAAGAGAUUAUGGCUGUUGCUAAACUGGCUCAAAGAUGCCUAGACUCGAAUGGGAAAAACAGGCCAACUAUGAAGGAGGUAGCCAUUGAGUUGGAAAACGUCAAAAGGGCGGCAAAUGGUUCAACUGUUUGUCGCGCCCCAUUUUUCGCGAUGGGAAAAUAA